AUGGAACACAUCGCAUACUCAGGUCCACUGGCAUUGCGCCAGAGACUCUGCGCUUCAUGCACGAGAGCAUGGCGCAGGCCGCGUGCUUCGAUAGAGGCAGGAAGGAUUGGACUCCAGAAUAGUGAUCGGAUACAGCGUCGCUUCAAAGGGUACAUCGCACCGGAAGGCGAACAAGCCAGGCCUAUCACUGGCUUUUAUGCAGACAUGCUAAAGAAACCACUGUCUGAAGUACAGUCACUAUCUCACACGACGCCCCAGCCACCCAAAGAGCCGCCAAAAACGCAGAAAGAGGAAACGUUUGCCAAAGCCCGUAUAAUCUUCGGCUCCACAACUGCAUUGGAGGAACGUAAACAGGAGAUUGUGAACUCGUCUCAAAAUAUUGCUGGUGUAUUAGUCCCCCCACGGCCCGAAGAACCGGAUAACUGCUGCAUGUCCGGAUGCGUGAAUUGUGUGUGGGACAUGUACCGGGACGAGAUGGAAGAAUGGGCAGAGAAGAGCGCCCAAGCAAGAGCGGCGAUGCAGGCCCAAAGGCAGGAAGGAAAAGGGACAGGGAGUAUGGUGGCGGGAGACACGUCGCCGAGUCACGUUGCUACGAGUAUGGAUGACGAUGGUGGUGGCAGUGAAACGAAUUGGGACACUGGGUUCGAUGAUGCGGAUAAAGAUAAGCUGUUCGACGACAUACCCGUGGGCAUUCGAGAGUUCAUGAGGACGGAGAAGAAGUUGAAGCAGGCACAAAAGAAGGCGGAAGCCGCUGCGGCAGCAUGA